AUGAAAUUUUUGGAAUACAACGCAUGGAUGUUCCAUCAACAUAGAAUUAUCAAAGCUAUUUGUUUGCUGCUGUUGUUGUUCAUAACUGAAGAAACUUUACGAACAUAUGUUUGGUAUGAUCAUGAUUUUGUACGGCCUUCUCCGAGAACACCAGGGCUAAGUGUCAAUUUUACGGGAUUUGACAAUGUUAGCGGUGUUAACUAUUAUCUCGUACCGAACGUAAUCCAUAUAAUACGUUUCAACAAGAAAACAUUUGAUUUUGUUGAUGUUGUGUGUUUACGUGCUGCAUAUCGAGCACAAAAACCAGAUAAAUUUGUUAUCCAUACAAAUGAAAAGGAGUUUGAAGGAAAAUAUUGGCUGAAAUUACAGACAUGGCCAGAUUUAUUUCGUCGAAUCGAAAUAAAAUAUCGUGCACCACCAACGAAAAUAUUUGGUCAAUCAUUAAGUAAAGAUUGGCAGCUGCAUCACGGCUCAGAUAUUGAACGUGUUCGUAUUCUAAUAGAAUAUGGUGGCAUUUGGAUGGAUAACGAUGUUUAUAUUGUACAAAAUUUAGAUCGUUAUAGAAAAUUUGAAAUGGUACUUAAUUGGGAUGAAAAUCAAUUUUUAGCGACACAAUUAUAUUUGGCUCAUAAAGAUGCACGCUUUUUACCACUAUAUUUAGAAACAUAUCGACAAUAUCGAUCGAAUUUGUGGUAUUACAAUGCUGGUGAGCGUCCAACACAAGAAAUUCUUUACAAACAUCCAGAAUUAAUUCAUCGAGUAAAAAACUUGUUUGGAGCAGAUACGUCUCUCAGUUAUAAUUUAUAUAACAAAAAAAACUGGACAGAAUGGCGGAAUCAACAUGCCAUUCAUUUGCUAUUUAAUCAUCGGUCGUAUAUGCACAAAGAAAAUUAUCAAAAAUAUCCAGUCUUAGAUGAAAAAACAAUUCUUGACUAUAAACAAACGUUUGGAGAAAUGGCACGAGAGGCAUAUUUCAGCGAGUAG